AUGGCAGAAGCACAACGUCAGAAGAGAGAUGAAGAAGAGGAGGACGAGGAAGAUCUUCUUGCCGCGCUCGAGGCAGAGGAAGAUGACCCCAAAUACCGCGCCAAUCGCAUAAAACAACUCCAGUCUGAACUCUCGGACACCAAAUCCAACGCUCAACAGUCCAAUACUUCUGCACAGAAUGCCGAAAAGUCGGAAGCAACUUCACUCUCCACAGGAACAGACGCAGUUGUAACGACCAUGCUCAAUAAUUCCCUUUACCCCACACUUCCAAACGACCAAUCGCUCCUAGACUUCUCUACGCAAAUACACCGCUGCAUAAUUCACUUCUUCCAUCCGGAUUUCGCACGUUGCAGCAUAAUGGAUAAACACCUUACGACACUCUCAGAAGCUCAUAAUAAGCGGGGUAAAGACGACGCACGCUUCGCUCGAGUCGACGUGCGGAACGUGCCAUUUAUAGUUGAGAAGCUGAAAAUAAGAGUCCUGCCUUGUGUUCUUGGGUUUAUUGACGGAGCCGUUGUGGAGAGAAUAACGGGAUUUGAGGGAUUGGUUGAUAUGAAUGCAUUAAUGGGGAAAAAAGGCACUACCAAAGCCAGUGGUGAAGAUUUCAAGACAAGUAUGUUGGAAUUUAGGCUUGUUCAGACUGGGCUGUUGAAGAAUGCGGUGCUGUAUGGGGAUAAUGUCGACGAUGAUGACGAUGAUGAUAGGGAUGAUGACGAAUAUAAUGAGAGAACGGGGAAGAGAAAAACCAUUCGGACGGGGAAAACGAUGAAGAGACGAGGGGACGAAGAUGAUGAAGACGAUUGGGAUUGA